AUGAGACAGUUGCUGGCUAGAAUUAUAUCAGGAAAUCAAAGAGCUUUUAUUGCUGGGAGGCUUAUACAAGACAAUAUUCUGGUAGCUCAUGAGGCUUACCAUUAUUUGAAAAAUAAAAAAAAGGGAAGGAAGUUUGAAAUGGCUGUAAAGAUCGAUAUGAAUAAAACCUAUGAUAGGCUUGAAUGGGACUUCAUUGAGGCGGUUAUGAGGGAGAUGGGCUUCGGAGAAAGGUGGUUGUCUUGGAUUAUGGAAUGUGUGAGAUCAGUUCAAUUGAGUUUGGUAGUAGGAGGACACAAGAUUGCUGAUUUGAAUAUGGAAAGAGGGGUACGCCAAGGGGAUCCACUUUCACCUUUUCUCUUCAUAAUUGCUUCUGAUGUUCUGUCUGCCAUGGUUGAUGCUUAUGUUGAUAAUGGGAAACUGAAAGGAAUCAGGCUGGCUAACAAAUUUCCUAUACUAUCUCAUUGCUUCUUUGCAGAUGACUCGGUGUUUUUUGUCAAUGCUAAAAGAAGGAAUUGUGAUAUCUUAAGGGAAAUUCUGGAUAGCUAUUGCAAAGCAUCGGGCCAAUCAGUGAAUUUGGACAAGUCAUGUAUCUUCUUCUCAAAGAAUACAGUAGAAGAGGUGAAGCAGGAGGUGUUUGAGAUUAUGGGAAUUAUGGAUACAGCUGAACCUGGAAAGUAUCUUGGCCUUCCUGUCUUGUGGGGUAAGUCUAAGUCUGAGGCUUUGACUUUUGUGAAGAACAAACUAAGCCUUAAGCUACAAGGAUGGAAGCAGAAAUUGUUGACUUUUGCUGGAAGGGAGGUCAUGAUCAAAGCAGUAGCGAAUGCAAUACCAAUUUACCCUAUGUCUUGCUUUAGUUUUCCCAAAAAGACCUGUAAAGAGCUUAAUCAGAUGAUUUUUGGCUUUUGGUGGGGACAAAAGAAUGGGGAAGGAAGAAUUCACUGGAGGUCUUGGAAAACUAUGUGUAGGGAUAAGGGGGAAGGUGGUAUGGGAUUUAGAGAUUUUAUGAAGAUGAAUAAAGCCUUAUUAGCAAAGACUGCAUGGCGGCUUUGUCAGAAUCCUGAUGAGAUGUGGAGCAGGAUCCUCAAAGGCUUAUAUUUUCCAAAUGCUGAUUUUUUGCAAGCUAAAAAGGGUAGUAAAGCCUCUUGGGGUUGGUCGAGCAUUCUGGAAGGAAGGGAGUUGCUGCAAAGGGAUCUAAUUUGGAGAGUUAAUAAAGGAGAUAAGAUAAGUCUGUUUGAAGGAAAAUGGUUGACCGAGGAGGAAGGUUUCUGUCUUAAGCAAAGAAAUCUGACUGAGGAAAUGAAAAAGCUGAAGGUAAAAGACAUUAUUUCCAAUAGGAAUUGGAACUUUGAUGGGUUUGAAGACUUAUUGGAUGAGGAAGACCGAGUGGCUAUUCUAAAGGUGAAAAUUCCAGUGGUUGAGGGGGAAGAUAAGUAUACUUGGUUGGGGAGCAGAGAUGGAAUAUAUUCGGUCAAGAGAGGUUACAAAAUUGCCAGACUUCAGGAAGCAAAGGAAGAAAGGGAAGCCCCCAGUAGCUCCUAUACUAUGUCCAAGAAGGUUUGGAACAGUAUUUGGAAAGUGAAGGUGCCUCCAAAAGUCAAUCAGUUCAUGUGGAGAGCAGUUAGCAAUGCUUUGGCGACAAAAGAAGCUCUCUUUAAGAGAAAAUGUAAGAGAUCCUAUAUGCAGCAUUUGCAAAGUGCCAGAUGCUGUAGUGUGUUUGAAGGAAAAGAAGUAGAUGCUGGGGGCUGCUUAUCUCAGGGUAUCAGAUUGGUUAAUGAGUAUUGGGGCUGUUUCAAGAAGAGGGAGAGAAGGAAGAUGCCAGUUGCAGUGGUGGAGAGAUCUUUGGCUUGGGAGAGACCAGCAGAAGGGGUGGUGAAAAUUAACAUAGAUGGGGCCUUCUGUAGUAAAGACAUGAUUGCUGGUAUUGGGGUGAUAGGAAGAGACAGUAAUGGCAGAUACUUGGGCGGCCUUGGUAUGAUUAUUGAUGCAAGGUCUGCUUUCAUGUCUGAAUGUAGAGCCUUACUUGAAGCUUUGAAAAUGAAAGAUAUAUUUUGUGAUCGAGAGGUGAUAAUUGAGACGGACUGUUUGGAACUGUAUAGAAGAGUAAGAAGUAGGAGCUUGGAUGGAUGCGAUUGGAAGUGUGUGGAAAUGAUGCAGGAGUGUUUAGAGUUAGGGGAUAAGACGGACAGAUGGUCAAUAGCCUUGGUAGCUCGUGGGGGCAAUAGUGCUGCAGACUUUUUAGCAGCACAAGCUAUGAGGAGAAUGGUACCGCAAGGAUGGCUUGAUAAGCCACCACCUCCUCUGAACCGGAUUUUACUUCAAGACCUUACUUGCCGUAACAUUUCUGCUGACACUAAGAAGGGUGUAGGUUAA